AUGAGAAAAUCUAAUUCUGGCUACUGGAUAAGUGUUGAGUGUGGGAGAGGGCUUGGUCUACACUGUCGCCGUCGGCAGUUUCCCGUUUUUCACCGUUGAAUAAAUUAUGAUAUCCAGUUGAGACUGAUGACCGAUUAGCGUACGGUGACGAGAUCUCAGACAAUAAUGCUGCCGAGUCCAAUAUCGUCUGCUCGUAUGGACCAGAUGAUGUCCAUCCUGAUCUGAUGUGCGACCCAGACUGCAAAAGUGAACCAGAAGACGAGCGAGAGUGAUCGACUCCCAUACCGAUCAACCCUCCAGCAGCACACAUUCGGCCUUUUCGUUUUCGUUCUUGAAUUUUCUGUCGUAUCUCCUCCAUUUUGUGCAUACCGAGGGCAGCAGCUUCUUCAUCUCGUUCUUUCUUCGUAUUUUCCAGUAUUUCACCGAAAUUCACUCUCUCAUCAUUCAACAGCGUGAUACGACGGUCCUUUUCACGUUUAGCUAGACGUUCUUGUGCAUUACUUAAAGCCUUCUCAAGCAUUGAAAUAUGUGUUCGUUGUUCUUCAAGUGUAGCAUUUUGAGCUUCCAGUUCCAAACGUUGACGUUCCUUCACCGUGACUAAUUCCUUAUUUUGAGGGAUUAUUUCUGCUAAAAGCAUAUUUAACUGAUUCACUUUCUCCAUUGCCUGAGCGUUUGGCAGAGAAAACUGCUCCAAUCGAUCUUGUAGCGCUUCCUUCUCGGAGAUCACCCUUUUCAGAUGCAUUUCCAUCUGGACUAAUGCUGACUUUUCUACACCUUCUUGUCGUUCUUUCUCUCUCAAGAGAUUUUCGUAAUCCUUUUCUAUUCGUUCAUAAGCAGCCUCCAUCUGUUGGAGUUUGACGAGCUUCUUUUUAUUGGCUUCAAUUUCACGUUUCAAGUGGAGAUUUUCUUCCCGUAAUGAUUGUAUUAACUUUUGAUUAUUCGGCACCCUUUGUAUACCAUUUCCAUUGGACUGCCCCUCAUGUUGCUCACAGGACCCGAAUCCUGACGAUACCCGAUUGGGGAAUUGAUUAACGGAUUGGUGAACAUGACUAGCCGAAUAAUCAGGUGGUUUAUCAGAUAUGGCGAUAAGGCAUGGCUGUGAAUGGCUCAUCGGAUGUGAACGACCGGGCGAUGGAGCUAUGGAUACAGAUGCAACGCCGUGGCUUUCAAUUUUGUUUAUAUUGUUCCUCGAUGGAGUCUUGGCCUGUGAUGCAGAUGGUGCUCGCUGUUGUUGCAAUUUCACCUGACUUUGAUAUUUCUCUAACAUCAGUUGUAGCUUCCGAUCACCAUCAUCCCCUGAAACAUUAA